AUGGCGAGCAUGCACCAUGGGCAGUCGCACGACCUGCAUGACGACGAUUCUCUUCUAGACGACGACCUGAUCGAAGCCGAUGACGCUAUCGAAGCCGAUGACCCCCUGCACGAGACCUCCGACACAGCCCCUCUCCGAGGCAACAUUGAAUCCGACUCCGGUUCGCGAGGUGGUCGAUCAGGCUAUGGAAACUAUCUCACAUCCUCAAUCCCUGGAGAAGAUCGUCGUGCGACCCAAAAUACCAUCGAUGAGACCGUCUGGGCCACUUUGUCGCGCGACCUGGUUGCCGUCGGGGAGAAGAUGCGCCAGGUGCUGUGGCCGAAGUACCUCCUGGGAGGCAUGAUGCAACGCGGUGGCGGUGGUAUCGGUGGUGCUGCAGAGAGAGGCGAGGCCUCUGGAUUCGGGAAUAACCUGCGUGGGCUCGUUGGACGCUGGCCGGAUGCCGAUGUGGUCUUGCAGGGUGGAAUGAGCGAUGGGCUGCGCGACUGGGACCUGUGGGGCCCGCUGGUCUUUUGCUUGGUACUGAGCUUGUUUUUGUCGAUCGCCAAGGGCGACCAAUCAUCACUGGUCUUCUCGGGUGUUUUUUGCAUUGUUUGGAUUGGAGAGGCAGCCGUGACUCUUCAGAUCAAGCUUCUGGGUGGUAAAAUCUCUUUCUUCCAGUCGAUCUGCAUUAUCGGUUACACACUCUUUCCACUUGUUAUCGCUGCCCUUCUCAGUGCACUUGGUUUACCCACUAUCGCCAGAAUACCUGUUUAUCUCGUUCUCGUGGCCUGGUCGCUAGCGGCAGGAGUGAGUAUCUUGGGCGGCUCAGGUGUUGUUCGGAACCGAGUAGGCAUUGCCGUAUACCCACUCUUUGUGUUCUAUAUUGCGAUUGGAUGUCUCUGUUUCAUUAGUUAA